UACACAUAUGUGCGUGUAUAAUAUCUGGAAGCUUGUUUUUAUCAUUUUUUAAGUCAUCAGGAACAAAAGUUUGUCCGGAAAACAAUAAAAGACUGGUUUUAAAGUUGACGAUUUGACAACAUGGCAGACAGGGAGCCGCUAGUUGACAGCCCGCUGGCAGAGAAGGAUUAUACACAAACUGUCGUUAUUGCCAUGGAUGGAAGUGAAUUCUCGGACUAUGCCCUGCAGUUUUAUGCUGAUUGUUUACAUCGACCGGAGAAUAAUGUUUGGUUAGUGCAUGUGACCGAAUAUAAAAUAAUCUCUCAACCAGCAUUAGCUAUAAUGUCAGGAAGUACAGAUAUGUCGCUGAUUACCAAGGAAAUAGAGGCUGAAGAAAAGAAGACAACUGAACUGUUUGAUCAUUUGAAGCAAAAAAUAAGUUUUCUGAAGCUGAAUGCUCACAUAGAAAGUGUUCAUGGUGAUGUAGGGCCGUCCAUCAUCACAUUUGCAUCUGAGAAGAACGCCGACUUUGUCGUUGUCGGUUGCCGUGGUAAAGGAAAGAUUCGCAGAACCUUUACCGGAAGUGUGGCCGACUAUAUCACUCAUCAUUCCCAUGUACCAGUGGUUAUUGCAAGAAACUCCGACCAUCUAGAAAAGCUGCACAUUCAUUCACCUUUUAAACUGAAGAAACAAUAAAGACGACGCAUCAUCUAUAAUUCAAAGAACUGUUUAGCUUUAUUAUUUCGAAUUUGUUACAAAACCAAGUAUAAAUUAGACAUUAGGAUUUCUCCUGCGUAGAGUUACAAAGUCCUAAUUAGGAUAUUUUUUCAUCUCCUACGUAUGAGAUAUAAACUCCUACAUAGGAGUUAUAAACUCCGUAUGAGACUUUUUUAUCUCCAACGUAGGAGUUAUUCUUCUCUAUAGAACAUUAUAAAUUGGCACCAGGACGCUUCUAUAGUAUUUGGACGCUACUGUGUGAUUAACGCGGUUACUAUUCAAUGGUGAAUUUUAGUAAAUGGUGGCAGCAGAAAAGAGGCGUGUAGGUUUUAAAUGUCUUGAAUCAAUAUGUAAAAAUAUUAUGAAAUAAAUGUAGAAUCUAAUAUAUGCAACAUUGUUAAGGAUUAUUUUUCUUCUGAGAGAUUUAUAAUUAUUUCACUAGCAAAGACUGACUGACUGACUGAAUUUCUUGAAGAAAUCCAUAAAAUCAAUUGCAAAAAUGUAACGUUUAAAUACAUUAUAAUAAACCAAAUGCGCUUUGCUGUCCAUUUACAGGAAGUAUAGUUGAUUGAAUGAUUAACAAGAGGACCACGUGCAGUGUAAAUGCUCGCCUGUCAAAGGCAAUGACUAUCAAUAACCGAUUCUCCUAAAUAUUCUAAGUUAAAACGAGCAUAACUCCUAAAAUUAUUGCUUUACAGGAGUAUACCCUUUUCCCACAACUGUAUAUUAUCAUGAAAAUAAAAUAUUCCAAGAUUCUCAUGUUGAUAUCUUUC